AUGGCUAACAAUGCCGCUAUGAUGGCGGCAUACAAGCGCCCCGACGCUUCAUCCUCCCCUCGCCCUCCUCUUCCUCCUACCACCUCUGUGGAGGCCACUGCCCCCCCUCCACUCUCGAACUCCAUUGCUGCCCCUCGGGAUAAUCCUGGUGUGGACUCUGAGCUGCUUUCAAGAUUCGGGAACGAAAAUAAUGCCUACGAGGACCUUGCAGAGAAGCUCGCAAGUGAGGACGAACCAGACCAGAGCGAAACCACCCAAGGCCCGCACAAAGAACGAGGGAACAGUAGGAGCUAG